CUCAUCCUCGUCCUCCUUCACUUCAUCAUGUCAAACUGCACUGUGGAGUCUUCUAUGGUCGAAAUCAGUGAUGGAGUCAAGCUUAAAACAAGGCUUUUCAAACCCACCGGAGAGAUUAAACACGAUCUGGUCAUCGUUCUUGUCCAUCCCUACUCCGUUUUGGGUGGCUGUCAGGGCCUCUUGAAAGGUAUAGCUUCUGGAUUAGCAGAAAAGGGUUUUAGGGCAGUGACUUUUGACAUGAGAGGCGUUGGAAGUUCUACAGGAAGGCCUUCCCUCACUGGGUUUGCAGAAAUUAAGGAUGUCAUUGGAGUCUGCAAAUGGGUCUGCGAGAAUCUAUCUGUUGAUAAGAUUCUAUUGGUCGGUUCUUCCGCAGGGGCACCAAUAGCAGGGUCUGCGGUAGAUCAGAUUGAACAAGUCAUUGGCUAUGUGAGUAUAGGUUAUCCAUUUGGCAUGACUGCUUCAAUCCUUUUUGGAAGACACCACAAAGCCAUACUACAAUCCCCAAAACCGAAGCUCUUCAUUAUGGGAACUCAAGAUGGAUUUACCAGUGUGAAGCAGCUCAAAAACAAGCUUAGUUCUGCAGUAGGACGCGCAGAAACACAUCUUAUUGAUGGGGUUGGACAUUUCCAGAUGGAAGGGCCUGCUUAUGAUGCCCAGAUGGUGGAUCUCAUUGUUCAUUUUCUUGCAUCAUUGUAAGACAAACUACUAAAAUCUCAGCUGCUAUUGGAUUACCUCUUCUUUCUGUGGGUAUAAAAGUUUGUGUACAUAAUGCAACGUUCUUGUUCGUUCUA